GCGCGAUGGAUGCGGCCGCUAAGAAGGCGGCGGACCGCGAGGCACUUCGCCACGUCAUACAGCAAUGGAACGCCAACCGCCUCGACAUCUUCGAGCUCUCGGAACCCAACGAGGAGCUCGAGUUCCAUGGAGUUAUGCGAUUUUAUUUUCAAGACUCCGGUCAGAAGGUCGCCACAAAAUGCAUCCGGGUUGCCUCGGACGCGACCUCCCAGGCCGUCAUAGAAACCCUCAUCGAAAAGUUCCGGCCCGACAUGAGAAUGCUCUCUAUCCCAGAAUAUGCCCUUUACGAGAUCCACGAAAACGGAGACGAACGGCGGCUCGGCACUGAAGAAAAGCCACUAUUGGUUCAGCUGAAUUGGCACAAAGAUGACAGAGAGGGGAGGUUUCUCCUCAGAAGAAUUAAUGACAAGACCAAUGUUAGUGUCACUUUUCAAAAGAUGCCAGCCAACACAUUUCAAGAGGAAGGUACUAGUUUUAAAAGAAAAUUAUCAAAAAGAGAAAAGAAGAUGCUCAAAAAACAGGAAAAACAAAAUAGGAUAAAGAAUAAUGAAAAUGAGGAAAAUCCAGCUGGCGUGGCCGGCAAGCUCUACACAGAAUUACCUGAAACCAGUUUCACAAGAUCAAUAUCUAAUCCUGAAGCCGUCAUGAGGAGAAGAAGACAACAAAAACUGGAGAAGAAAUUGCAGCAGUUUCGGAGUAAAGAUGGUGGACCAGAUACUGGAGGAACUCUGAAAAUUUAUGGAGAGGCCCUGUGCAAAGACGUACCCUACAAAACUCUGCUUCUUUCAAUUGGAGAUUCGGCCGCCCAAGUUGUUAGAGAAAUGUUAGCCAAAUAUGGCCUAGACAGGGAAGACCCGCACGUCUAUUGCCUUGUGCAGGUCAACACCAACAUUCCAGAGUCAUCAGGGGAUAGUAAGGAAUACCACGGCGGGACCAACAACAGGGAAUACAUCCUCGACGAUGACGAGUGUCCGCUCGCCAUUCUCAUGAACCACCCGAACUCGAGAGGGUCCAUCAUGUUCCACGUGCGGCGCAGGCCGGCCGACUACCACCCCCGGAAACGGAAGAAGAAGCCGCAGCAGGCGGGCAAGUGGGGCAAGGAUGGACUGGAGGGCAUGGACGGCCGCUACGACGACGCCUACGACCGCCUCCCCUUCUUCCUCGAGUUGAACCCAGACGGCACGGACAUCAUGUCGGCGAGCCCGCAGCGGCACAAGCUGCAGCUGAACGUGACGGAGGUGGGCAGUGAGAGGCCAGUCAACGGGCACCAAGCGGCGCAGUCGCAGUGCCUCACCCUCCACGGCCCGCACGUGAUGCCCCGGCACUGCGUGGUCGCGCACACCGAGGGCAUCGUCACGGUCACGCCGUGCAGCAGGGACGCGGAGACGUACGUCAACGGCAUCCGCAUCUACGAGACCACCAUUCUCCAGAAUGGAUCGACGGUGAAGUUCGGACGACUACACAAUUUCAGGUUCAUUGACCCCAAUUUCGAAGAUAGGAACAGGCAACGAUUAGCACAUGAUUAUUCUUACGACAGACAAUCCACAAGAGAAGACCCUGCCUCUCCCUCUGGUAUCUUAAACAACACAUCAAUUAUGCCUGGUGGUAAUAGUACACAAAACUAUGAGACCACAUUUGAUGUGGAUGGAAAUGUAGAGACAGUUUCAACAUCCAGCCUUGGCAACAAAGAUGAAACUAGAUCCCAGCGAUCGGUAUGCAGUAGUCGAGAUGGAAAUAGGCUUUCUCAUUAUGAGCGUUACCCUCGAGGUUCUGACGCAAUUCUCCCAGCCGUUUUGGAAUUUAGGGAAGAGACUGAGGAAGCGUUCUUACAUGCCAUUAUUACCGACUUAGACCCCAACUCUGUUGGACUAAAGUUGGCACCAACUUACACAUUGUACCUGGCUGCUCGAUAUAGAGCAUCAACUCACUACCAGCCUGAUUUAACACCUACAGAGCGAGCUGACAGACUCACCAUUCUGUUAGCAAGAGUAGCAGCUAUGAUCCAAAAUGUUAUUCAGGAGAGGUACUCAGACUCUCUCUCAUUAGCAUUCUGGAUGGCAAAUGCAUCAGAGCUCCUACACUUUUUGAAGUCAGAUCGCCAUGUGUCAGCAUUCUCUGUAGAUGCCCAAGAUAUUUUAGCAGAAGCAGUACAACUGGCAUUUCGUAAUUUAGUGUCAUGUUUGCAAGGAGAAUUAUCAGCAGUAAUGCCAUCAUUCAUGUCAGAGAGAGAUGACUUGCAAGAUGAAGAGAAUGGAUCGGUGUUGCAAGUCUUAACCAACACAAUGAGCCUAUUGAGGCGCUGCCGAGUGAAUGCCGCUCUCACAAUUCAACUCUUUUCACAACUCUUUCACUUUGUCAAUGUGUGGGCAUUCAAUUGUGUUGUUACCAGCCCAUCACCGGCAUCGAGUGUGUGUUACUGCUCACGGGCUUGGGGACUUAGGUUUAAGUCAAGAUUAGCCCAACUGGAGGUGUGGGCUGAAAGGCAAGGAUUGGAGUUGGCUGCAGAUUGUCACUUAGCAAGGAUAAUUCAGGCAGCCCACUUACUGCAGGCACCAAAGUAUACAGCUGAUGAUUUAGCAACAAUAAGUUCAACUUGUUUUAAAUUGAACUCGCUCCAACUUAGAGCACUUCUUACAAAGUACCAACCAGCUCCAGAUGAACCUCGUUUAUCCGCAGAGCUUGUUGAGAAUGUGGUGAGGGUGGCGGAGAACGUGGCGGACGAGCUGGCUCGGACGGACGGGCGGGAGGUGCAGCUGACGGAGGAGCCGCUGCUGCAGCUGCCGUUCCUGCUGCCCGAGGACGGCUACAGCUGUGACGUGGUGCGCGGCGUCCCCCAAGGGCUCGCCGACUUCUUAGCACCUCUGAGCCACGCGGGGCUGUGCCGCAUGACGGUCCAGCCGACGUCGAGCGGCAUGUGGACCGUGUACCAGAUGCAGGACAACAACCACCCGGGGGCGAGGAGUCCGAGCGCCAUGAGCAACAGAUCGAGCGGCUUCCAGCCGGCCAUGACGCAGCAGCCCGAGUACCAGGUCAUCAAGCUGCACAAGUCCAACAACGGCAUGGGGCUGAGCAUCGUGGCGGCCAAGGGGGCUGGACAAGAUCGCCUCGGGAUUUACAUUAAAUCUGUGGUGAAGGGUGGAGCAGCUGAUAUUGAUGGCCAGCUUCAGGCAGGAGACCAGCUGCUGAAAGUUGAUGGUCAAAGUUUGGUUGGCAUUACUCAAGAAAAAGCUGCUGAAUAUCUAGUCCGCACUGGACCAGUUGUUACUCUAGAAGUAGCCAAGCAAGGUGCUAUUUAUCAUGGUCUUGCCACUCUUUUGUCCCAACCAUCUCCUGUUAUGGGAAGAGCUUCCUCUCGACCUUCCUCUCCUCCCGUCUGUUCGAGAGCUGCCCGCUUGCCUAUCAGCACUUCUAUGGGAAGCUUGCGUCCAAGCUACAAUGAACGACUCCCAGAUUGGAGCAAACGCCCCUGUCCAGGGCCCAGACGUAUGAGUGAGCGUGAUUUACCAUCUCGAGUUCUUAGUGAGCAAAAUCAUAACACAAGCACUCUAAAUGGUGGCCGUAACAUUCUCCCCCCGCAUGCUCCUAUUCACAGUUCCAAAUCAGUACCCUCGCUUAAUACGGGAGGACACAAUGAUGGUCCUGCCAUAGGUGGAAUGGGCCAUGGCCCUAUGGGUCCCAUGAGCCCAAUAAGCCCCAUCAUGGGCCCAGGUGCUGGACGUCCACCACAUCAUGAGGUUUUUAAUCCUGGAUACUCUCGUACAUCUUCUACAACCAGCAUACCUCAAGGACUCAGAUCAAGAUCCAGUCAAAAUCUUACUGAUGCGCGCUCACCAACUGGCACAGCUAUGCCUCCAAUGGGACUCGGAUCAAGACAAAUGUCCAACCCUAGUCUACAACCACCCCAACAACCACCUCAAUCUCAGCACAGUCCAAAUGGACACUCAGUGGGACCUGAUGGUGAACGAUUUUAUCAGAACUUGAGUAUUUAUCGUAAUCAGGAUAUGCAUAAUGGGUACCCACCUCAAUCAAGAGGAAAAUUGCCUAGUCCUCAGCACCCUUCUGGAGUGCCGCAACCACAGCAAGAUAGAAGCCCACCUCACAUUCAGAAGAAUAUGCAAAAUAUGCCAAAUCUUCGUGGAUCUCAAUCUUCAUUACACAGGGAUAGACCUGCAUCAGCAUAUUUGCCUCAAAACUCACCGCAUACGCAGAUGAUCCCUGGUAUGGGUGGAAUGCAAGCAAGGUCACAAUCUUCACGUGACAUGGUUAGACAAGAUGCCAAGCUUGCAGAAAUGCAGGAGGAAGUGAGAAGACGAGAACUAAGACAACAGCAGGGACCUCAACCAGGCCAGCCAAUUAGGCCCCAGAUGAUGAGCCCAUUAAGUCCUCAGCAGCAGCAGAGAUUACAAGGUUACCCUCAAGCCGGGCCUCAGGUUCAUCCACCACCCACUGCACCGAAACCUGGCAUGGGCAUGCCUCAGAGGCCACCUCUACCAAAUGAAGAAGGUUUCAGAGACUCACCACCUCCACCUCCUCCACCCACCUCUACUCAUCCCCUGUACAAAACCUCUCCAGCUGUUGACUCUAGAUAUAAUGCUUCAUCAGAGGGUGCACCUCGAGGCAAUUUUUACCAACCAAAUACCAAUAACCAGGGUACAUUGCCAGGGAGACACAUCCAGUUUAACACAGCUUCCAAUCCAUGGGACCGUGAAGAGAAGGAACGGGAACAAAUCAGGCGACGAGAGGCUGCUCGGCAAUGGCGGGACGCACAGAUUGCAGAACUCUCUUCUAUGCCAUCCCGGUCACAACAGCAAGAGGAACAAUUACGGGCGUUGCGGUUGGAGCGCGAGUUCCAGAGGCGAGCUGAGGAAGCCCGACAGGAUGACGAGGAGGAGGAUGAUCAAGAGAGUCCAGAGCGGAAUCAGGGUCUGUUGCGUCUAGCCCAACCCCCUCUACCUCAGCAGCAACAGCAGCAACAGCAUUCCCCUCCUCAGCAGCAAGCUCAGCAGUCCCCUCCACACAAUGUUCAACAACAACCUACAAUUCAAUCACCAGCUCACUCACGUCCAUACAACCAGCAAAAUGGAAUUAUUGGCCGAACAUCUGUACCUCCUAAUGAAGAAAAGGAAAGACAAAAACGCCUUGAAGACAUGAAAAGAAAACAGGCUGAAAUGGAAAGGGAACGAGAACAGCAAGCUGAGGAGAGGCUUAGAGAGGCUCAGAAGCAAGAAAUUCGUCAACAGCAACAUCAGCAGCAACUGCAACAACAACAGUUGCAGCUGCAGCAACAACAACGAUUGGCAAACCAUCCCCCUCAGUCCAUUCUCAACUCUCCUUCAAAGAACAAUGUUCAAUUCAAUAACAGUAUUAACAACAUCAAUCAACAAAAUAAUGGGACCCGUCCUGGCCAAUACACGAGCCCUUUAACAGCCAAACAUCCUGCUGCUGGUCACCUACGAUUAGAAAACCUUGUGAUGAAUGGCCCAUCUACUCCGCAAACGCCGCCUCAGGGCUAUCAACAAUAUAAUGGUUACCCAAACAGUCCAGCGUCCUACAACCACUCCAAUCAAAAUUUCCAUGCAGAUGCAACAACCCCUACUUCGCCCACCGGAGGACCUCAGCAGAGGCUAGAUACUCUGCUGCACGGAUCAUCACCAUCUGACAAAACUGCGUUCCCGCCUCAGCCUCCUGAACGCGGCUCAUCCUACUCCAUCAUGAUGUCACAGCCCAACCGACAACCGCCCAGCUCAGGACCUCUCUCGCCCUCUUCAAGCAGCGGUCUGCAGAGAAGUUGUCUCGUAUCAACACCCGGUGAUCAGACUACAAGCUCUACUAAGAGGGUUUCCUUCCAUGAUCCUGGUUCAAGUCAGCCCCCUCCCCCACCAUCAUCUCAGCCCCCACCUAUUAGAGAAGACCCAAAUCACUUUAUCAAUGAGGCUGAGACUAUGCUGGCCUCACCCAAGACACCUGAUGGACCUGGUGGUAUCUUUGUUGGAUCAACUCCUGGAGUCAUUGGGGCGCAAGAAGUUUACAGGGAUCCAAGGCAAAGAAGAUUAGCUGAACAACAGCAGCAACAGCAGAAACAGCAAACAUCUAGAGUGCCAGAAAAACUUACCUUCAAAGAAAAGAUGAAGAUGUUUGCUAUGGAAACUGGUGAAGACGGAACACCCCGUGAUAAAGUAAAAAUAUCUAGAGCUCAGAGGGAUAUUGACACCAUUGCCUCUCCAACUGCUAAUAGCUCAUAAACAAUACAUUGUGUUAUCUUGUCCUCUUACCCUAUCAAUUUGUAGACAUGAUUGUAUUAUUGUGUAUAAUUAAUUACCUGUGUAUCUUUGAAUUAGUCCUUUGUGAAUGUGUGUAAAAUCAGCAAUAUCAUUUUGUAAAAUGCAAUAUGGCACUGUUUAUACAUUAGUGUAAAAGUGAAGAAGCCGUCCCAUUGAUGUGGCAAUAUUGUUUAUUCCAUUAUUUUUCACCAAUCAUCUUUGUAGAUUUUGUCUUAUAUAAAAGUUUUGUCUUUCAGUCUGGUUGGCUCUGGUAUUGUAAAUAGUCAGCCAACAGCACGUCCUUGUAUCAAAUUGUAUUAUGCAUUUGUAAUCAUGUUGUAGCUGUACUAGCUGAGUGUGUGAUGUGUUGUUUAAUAUUUAUUUUUUUUCUCAGCCAUAGCAUUUUGCUAUUGGCUUGAAAUGUUUGUAGUAAAGAUCAUGAGAUUUUAUUGAAUGUUAUUACAAAUUCCUUUACAGAGGGAAAGUAUUACUAUUUCUUGUUGGACAUUAUAUGUUUUGUAUUAAUUUUGAGAACAAAGUGUCCUGUACCUUUUUUGUGAUAUGGUUGAAUUUUAACCAUAACAUCUUUAAGAAAUUUUAUCACAGCUUGAUGCUGUAUGUGCUGUACCUAAGUGGAGCUUAAAUUAAAUUUUGUGAGUCUAUUUUUACAUUCUCUUCUAUUAUUGUAGAAUAUUUUACAGAGAUGGCUAUUUAGCAGAUGUUAGGAGUUUUUAAGUUUCCUUAUAAUGUAAAAUGAAUUAUGUAAAUUAUCGCCCAAUGUAUUUCAUGUAAUGUGUAUCUAUGUAAAGGCAAAAACUAUUAUUGCAUGUAUGUACAGAAAAUGACAUCUUUACAAGACAAGGAACAAAUAAAGUAGAGGAUGCAGAACCUUA